CCUGAAAACUCUUUUCCAAAGCAAGGAUGACUUUAGUAAGGAUCCGGAGGAGCUUCUGGCAGGUAUCGCCUCAAGUGGUGCUCUUCUUACUCUUUGCCUUCUGCCUGCUCAGUGUUUUUGUCUCAGCAUAUUAUUUAUAUGGGUGGAAGAGGGGACUGGAACCCUCUGGGGAUAUUCCCAGCCCAGACUGUGAUGAACCGAAGAUUGCUCCUUCACGCCUGCUACCGAUAAAACCCAUCAAAGUGGUAGAUUCUUCACGGACUGAUCCCUUGGUCCUUGUGUUUGUGGAAAGCCUUUACUCUCAACUGGGACAGGAGAUUGUGGCCAUCUUGGAAUCUAGUCGGUUCAAAUAUCUGACAGAAAUCGCUCCGGGGAAGGGAGACAUGCCUACGUUGACUGACAAGGACCGAGGGCGCUUCGCGCUUAUCAUCUAUGAGAACAUCCUGAAGUACGUGAACCUGGAUGCCUGGAAUCGUGAACUCUUGGACAAGUACUGUGUAGAGUACGGUGUAGGAAUCAUUGGCUUCUUCAAGGCGAACGAGAACAGCUUACUGAGUGCUCAGCUGAAAGGUUUCCCCCUUUUUCUCCACUCCAACCUUGCACUGAAGGACUGCAGCAUCAAUCCCAAAUCACCGCUGCUGUACAUCACGCGGCCCAGCGAGGUAGAGAAGGGACUUCUUCCAGGGGAGGACUGGACAGUCUUCCAAUCAAACCAUUCCACAUAUGAGCCAGUCCUCCUUGCUAAAACCAAGUCAGCUGAAUCCAUCCCACACAUGAGCAUUGAUGCCGCACUCCAUACCACCGUUGUACAAGACUUGGGACUCCAUGAUGGCAUCCAGAGAGUCCUUUUUGGCAACAACCUCAACUUUUGGCUACACAAACUGGUCUUUGUGGACGCUGUUUCAUUCCUGACUGGCAAGAGGCUUUCACUUCCCCUUGACCGUUACAUCUUGGUAGACAUUGAUGAUAUCUUUGUUGGGAAGGAAGGCACACGAAUGAAGGUGGAUGAUGUCAAGGCUUUGUUUGAUACUCAGAAUGAAUUACGUACCCACAUCCCAAAUUUCACCUUCAAUCUUGGCUACUCAGGGAAAUUUUUCCACACAGGUACAGAUGCGGAGGACGAGGGAGAUGACCUUCUGCUCUCUUAUGUGAAGGAGUUUUGGUGGUUCCCCCACAUGUGGAGUCACAUGCAGCCUCACCUUUUUCACAAUCAAUCAGUGUUGGCAGACCAAAUGGCCAUGAACAAGAAAUUUGCCCUGGAACAUGGUAUCCCCACAGAUAUGGGGUAUGCAGUGGCCCCCCAUCAUUCAGGGGUGUACCCAGUGCAUGUGCAACUUUAUGAGGCCUGGAAACAGGUGUGGGGUAUCAGAGUAACAAGCACCGAAGAAUAUCCUCAUCUCAAACCAGCCCGCUACCGAAGAGGAUUUAUUCACAGUGGAAUCAUGGUUCUCCCAAGGCAAACUUGUGGAUUAUUUACACAUACCAUAUUCUAUAAUGAAUAUCCAGGUGGCUCGAGUGAAUUGGAUAAAAUCAUCAAUGGAGGCGAGCUUUUUCUUACUGUUCUCCUUAAUCCUAUCAGUAUCUUUAUGACUCACCUCUCCAAUUAUGGAAAUGACCGUCUGGGUUUGUACACCUUUAGACAUUUGGUCCAUUUUCUGAACUCCUGGACUAACUUGAAAUUACAGACAUUGCCACCUGUGCAGCUGGCACAGAAGUAUUUCCAGAUAUUCUCUGAAGAAAAAGACCCCCUUUGGCAGGAUCCUUGUGAGGAUAAGCGCCACAAGGACAUUUGGUCCAAAGAGAAGACCUGCGACCGGUUCCCCAAGCUGCUAAUUAUUGGUCCUCAGAAGACAGGUACCACUGCCCUCUAUCUCUUCCUUGGGAUGCACCCUGACCUGAGCAGUAACUAUCCCAGCUCGGAGACCUUUGAAGAGAUCCAGUUCUUCAAUGGACAUAAUUACCACAAGGGCAUUGACUGGUAUAUGGAGUUUUUCCCCAUUCCUUCCAACACUACUUCUGAUUUCUAUUUUGAGAAGAGUGCCAAUUACUUUGAUUCAGAACUCACGCCAAGGCGGGCUGCUGCACUGCUUUCCAAGGCAAAAAUAAUCACCAUCCUCAUCAGUCCUGCAGAUCGGGCCUACUCUUGGUAUCAGCAUCAACGGGCACAUGAUGAUCCAGUUGCCCUGAAGUACACCUUUCAUGAGGUGAUUACAGCUGGACCUGAAACCUCUCAGAAGCUUCGGACUUUACAGAACCGUUGCCUAGUACCAGGCUUGUAUGCUACCCAUGUUGAACGCUGGUUGAAUAAUUUCCAUGCCAAUCAGAUUCUUGUUCUGGAUGGCAAGCGACUACGCACAGAACCAGCCAAAGUAAUGGAAACAGUCCAGAAAUUUCUUGGAGUGACAAACGUCAUAGAUUAUCAUAAAACUCUAGUGUUUGACCUCAAAAAAGGAUUCUGGUGCCAACUAUUAGAGGGAGGAAAGACCAAGUGCUUGGGGAAAAGCAAAGGAAGAAAAUACCCAGAGAUGGAUUUAGAUUCCAGAGCAUUUUUGAGAGAUUAUUACAAGGACCACAACAUAGAGUUAUCCAAGCUACUGUAUAAAAUUGGCCAGACACUGCCAACUUGGCUGCGGGAAGAACUCCAGAACACUAGAUAGCCACUUUUUAUCUCUUGUAUUAAGCAAUAGUAGAAUGGAUCCUCGGGGAGGAUCUCAAGCCUCUACUCCAAGCCAACAGGACGUGAUAAGAUGUGAGAUAUUCAACAGAGAAGAAGCAUUUUGAGAAAUAUCCAUUCAGGAUGUUUGUGGAAAAGUGAGAAACUGCCAACAUGGUUGCUUGGAAGAAAGCAGCCAUCUGAAGAACUACUGGAAUUGAUGUACAAGCAGUGCCUCAGGGCCAAGCCAGGAGUGUGACAUCUGUUUCUGCCAGAUUGCUCAAGGCCCCAUCUUUACUGAAAGUAUUGAGGUGUGGCCUUCUUGGCUGUAAUGCCACUUUUUGGUGAAGAAGAUUCCUAAAGAUCUGAGUUUUCCUUACACUUUAGUUCCAAUAUCUGGAAUAGUAUUACAACAAAAUGACUCCUUCUCUUGGGAUAGCACACACAGGAGAACCAAGAAUUCACCAGGGAUCAAGAAUAAUAGUCCUGCACAUGUAUGGGUUUGCAAAAGAACAUCAUUGAUAAUACGAACAUGGAGCCAGAGGGAGGCCAUGCUCCAAGUAUGGACUUAAUUAUGCAAUUUGGGCUCAGACUGAGAUAGGACUGAGAUAGUGUUCUGGAGCAGAGUUCUUAGUUAAAGCAGAUGCUCUGUUUUUAUAUGGAAGACUUUGGUAUUGGCAAUAUUUAGACUAUCCCAGAUGGACUUUUUUCUGUCUUCUUAUUUAGAAAUAUAUUGGGAAAGGGAUGGGAUGACCAAGAGUGAGCAACAUAGUCAUCUGACAAUGUUGGCAAGAAGAACUUGCUCCAAAGAGAUAUUUUAAUUUGUGUCCUUCUUAUAGCCCUGUCUCUGGUUUCAAAAUUAUAUGAGAUGUGGUUUAAGAUUCAAUAAUUGAAUCCAUUUUUAAAAAAAAUUCUGGUGCACAUAUCCUGCCUGUUUUAAAAGAGGAUGACAUUCUAGCAUCAUGUGUAAACUUUGCUUUAACGGUCAGCCUAAAUACAGCUUAAGAGAAUUGAUCCUCUUGAGUACUGAACAAACAGUAUUUUACUAGUUUUCUUUUUGAACAUUUUGGAGUGGGAUAGGGAUACAUAUUAGAGUUGGUAUUCCCAAGUAUUAGGUUCUUAUUUUCCCACCCUUUUGCUAUUGUAGAGAAUAGAGAAAAAUGGCCCAUGGGUUUGGUUGAUUUGUCAUCAUAAUGUCUGUUUCUGUUAGAAUCAUUUUAGGAUAAGCCUGUGGCUGUCCAUUUUUCAAUUAUUUCUUCCUGUCCAAUGUGUCUUAUUGAGCUGUGACUGAGACUUUCCGAUAACCCACUUAUUCUAGUUUACUAAAUUCCUUUGUGUGUAUAUGUGUAUGUAUGGAAUUUAUAAAUAUGCUGCUAAUAGUAUUGUGUAUUCAUGCAUGCACACACACACAUAUACACACUUGCCCAUUGCUGUCUGUGUUUGGAGCCACAUUAACGAGGUAAAUAGAACCCAUUUUCCCCCAUUUGGCUUAUUCUGUCCUGUCGUGCUAGGCAUUGGAUGUGUCAUGGGAAAGGCAUGUUAAACUUGCAGUCCAGAGGGCGCUGGGAGAACAGAGGUCAUGACAAGAGUCAAAGGCUUUUGAAAAGCCUUUUUAAUUCUUCAUUGGAGGAAUUAAAGACACUGGAGUAUGGACUGAUCUGACUACUGUUUGAUCCAAAGUUGGAGAGUUGUUAUAAUUUUUUUCCCCCAAAAAACCGUUAGUAUUGCUAAUGGAAACAUUUACUAUAAAUUCAAUAAUAGGGCGCGAAAAAGAUUUCUAAGCUUUUUCAAUUUGGAGGUAGGUGGUUUUUUUUCCCCCUCCACCAAUAUCUUCCUGUUUUGCUUAAAGGUUUCUGGAAAUAAUCUAACUAUUGGAAGUGAUUUGCUAGACCAAUCAUCUUGUUCUAGUUUUCAUCGAAGCUAUAAUCCUGCUAGCACCAGGUCUAUGAGUCAGUGUUUCCCAAACUUGACAAUUUUAAGGCACGGGGACUUCAACUCCCAGAAUUCCACAGCCAGCGUUGCUGGCUGUGGAAUUCUGGGAGUUAAAGUCCCCAUGCCUUAAAAUUGUCAAGUUUGGGAAACACUGCUAUGAGUGAACAUUUGGAGAAAAGGCAGAAGCAAAAAAGGUUUCUACUUAACUUAGAUUUUUACUGCCGAUAAUUGCUGCUAAAGGUUUAUAGGCCUCUUCUGGGUCAGAGUAACUCUGUAGAGGACAAAAGUCAUUCUCACACCAGUAUCAGCAAUUCUUCAAUUACUGUGUGUGAAUUCAAUUCCAGUUCUUCUGAAAUCCAUCACAGUCCAGCUAUAGCUUCAACACAUUUGUUUCCAUUGGCCCUAUGUGUGAGCACCAUCUAGUGGAUCAUGACAGUUCAUAGAUUCGUAGAGUAAAAUUUGAGUAAAAUAGAGUAAAAGCUGCAGAAAACCGUAGGCCACCGAGUGUAUAACUGUUUAGUGUAGCAAUCUAAACUGAAACACACCCAGCAUCUGACUGCCUCAUCUCUACUUGAAGAUAACCAGUAAAAUAAUUUCUUCCACUGAAACUCAAAUUCCUCUAAAUAUUAGAAGGUUUUUUUUUUCUCUCCCUAAUAAUCAGAAUCUGCCUUUCUGUAUCUUAAUCCAUUAUUUUGCAUCCUGCAGUCUUGGAUUGUAGAGAGCAUGUCUCUGUGUGAUGUGCUUUCAGAUAUAGGAAGACUGAGAUCAAUUUCCCCUAAAUUUUAAUAUUAUGAAUUCUUUUCAAUCCCUCUUUAUAGUUCUUACCACUGUUCUUCUCCUUUUCACCUUCAUUAUGUUUAUUCUCCAUGUUUGUUUAGGCAGCUAUGCCAGUAAUGAAUGUGCAUUUGAGACAGAAGCCUGUGUAAGACCAAACUUGGGGGGAUGACAUUGUCGUGUGCUACAGUUAAUACAGUAUUUUACGUGCGGCCUUCUGUAUGAAAAGAUUAGCUGUACUUGAAAGCAAAGUGUGCUGAAGAGUUCCAAGCUUCCCAGUACCCCUAAUUAGAUGGACAUUUUAAGGUAGAAUGAACACAGCCGGGGAUGGGCAGGAGGCAGAGUUGCAUCUACUGGCAACUUUAGCUUGCCCUUCUGCUGCAAAUUAUUCCGAGGUCUUGGCUCGCUGAGGGAAUUCUGGGAAUUGAAGUCCACACAUCUUGAAACACUGCCAUGUUUGUAAAACGCUGACGUAGAAGGAGGCUAUUGGCAGAAAAGAUGCAGUGACAGACUUGGAAUGACAAGAUCUUCGCAUUUGACACCUGCAGCCUUAUGAAAUAAGACCCAAAGUCAGACAGGCUGUCCCUUCCAAGCCAUUGUAAAACAGGAGCAGCAUCAAGAAAAAAGGACCGCUGAAGGAUGGUAAUGAAGAGACUGCAUUGGUCCACUUGAGAUAUGGGUCAUUCAUCAGAAAUGUAAGCUUGCUUUGAGAAAUUUUGGCUUGGAGCGCACAAAAGGUCCUCUGUAUCACUGCCUCCCAGUACUAGGUUGACUUUGCUAUGGUUUCAGAUUUCUAAGCAGACUUUUCUAUGCAGAAACCAAAACCAAAACCCUGGAAUUAUAAUCUGCAAAACAAUGUAUUUUCCUUUGCCUUUUGUGGAUGGAAUCAUCUUUACAACUUAAGAACAAAGGAUGCCCCCCCACUUCACUCCUAUUGUUGAGUGCAGUUUCUGUGUGCCUCUUUGGUGCAUCAGGAUACCUGAAUCAAACUACCAAGUUAAGCAUUUGAUAAUGUGAAACUAUAGUCUUGCUUAUCUGUAUGAUGGCCCUCAGGAAGUUGUUUUAAGACAGUCUACAGAGGCAAUGGCAGCUGCUACCUAAAGGUUCAUUCUCAUUGUGAAUAUUAUGAUUAUCCCUGUCUUAAAUAAUAAAAUGAAGUACAAUGUUUAAAUCUUGGCUUCUCAAGAUAGCAGUCUACAUGCCAUAGAAUGCUGCCAAAAGCGAGACCUUCAAAAAAGAAGAAAUAAACUUAAGGAUGUGUGUAAUGAAAGUAUUAAUUUGUACUGCUCCCAAAUGCUGGUGUGAUUUAAUGUGCACAAGAGAGGAGGAAGCAUUUGCCUUUUCACUUAGUAAGUUGGUCAGCAAUAGUUGGAAAACACCACUCUCUCUGGGUAACAGAGAACUUGCUAAAAUCUGAGUUUGAAGAAGGACACUUUUGUUUUGUUUUGUUUUUUUUUUUGUUUUUCUUUUGUUUAAAAGGAAGAACUCUGGGAAUUCCUUUGUCAUGUUUGCAUGAGAUUCUGUAUGUUUUCCCAUUGGGAAGGGCAGGGGUUAUUUUGUCAUGGUGGGAGGGAGGAAAGGGGAGGGAAUAUUUUUAAGAGUCUUUCUCCCGUAUUUUUAAUCUGUACUUGGACUCAUUUUGGGUUCAGAAAACUCUGUCACUAAUGUAAUGUCCUGGUGAACUAACUGCUAAUAAAAUGGGGUUGUCUGUUUUUAGUUAAC